UCGAAGGCGCCGGGCGGCCGAGGGCGGCCUGCAAGCGGGGCCCCACCCGGCGUCGCGGCGGCCCCCUUCGCCCGGAGCUCCGGGCCGGCAGCGAUGCGAGGGCGAAAGGAGAGCCAACCUAUGCGUUAUUACCGUUAGCAGCGAAGACAGCGACUAACGUCGGCGACGGAGCUAGCGCCUCCCUUCGCUUCCGCCCCCUCGAGCAGAAACCGGAAAUCCGGCUGCCCCGGAUCACGCGAGCAGCCGCUAUCUCGCCUGCGGUGGCCGCCGCUGCGAGGAGGAGGCGUGUCAGGCCGGCUCUGCUGCUCCGAGGUGCUGUGGAUCGAGAAGGGGAGGUGGAGGAGAUGGCGGCGACGGCGCGGGAAGAUGGCGUCCGCAGCCUGGAGCGAGGGCGGCGGGGCUGCGAGCACUACGACCGGGGCUGUCUCCUUAAGGCACCUUGUUGUGACAAGCUCUAUACAUGUCGGCUGUGUCAUGACAACAAUGAAGAUCACCAGCUGGAUCGUUUCAAAGUAAAGGAAGUGCAGUGCAUCAACUGUGAAAAACUCCAGCAUGCCCAGCAGAAUUGUGAACAUUGUAGCACACUGUUUGGAGAAUAUUACUGCAGUAUAUGCCAUCUGUUUGACAAAGAUAAGAAACAGUAUCAUUGCGAGAACUGUGGAAUUUGUAGGAUUGGUCCAAAAGAAGAUUUUUUCCACUGCUUGAAAUGUAACUUAUGCCUAGCCAUGAAUCUUCGAGGAAAACAUAAGUGUAUUGAAAAUGUUUCUCGGCAGAAUUGUCCAAUAUGUUUGGAGGACAUUCACACGUCCCGCGUUGUUGCCCAUGUCUUGCCGUGUGGGCAUCUCUUACAUAGAACGUGUUAUGAAGAAAUGUUAAAAAAAGGCUACAGAUGUCCAUUGUGUAUGCAUUCUGCCUUAGAUAUGACGCGGUACUGGAGACAGCUGGAUAAUGAGGUCGCACAAACUCCUAUGCCAUCUGAGUACCAGAAUAUGACUGUGGAUAUUCUCUGCAAUGACUGUAAUGGGCGAUCCACAGUCCAAUUCCAUAUCUUAGGCAUGAAAUGUAAGCUCUGUGAGUCCUACAAUACUGCUGAGGCUGGGGGUCGCAGAGCUGCCAUGGACCAACAAUGAGCAGCCUGUCCUUGGCUGGAGAACAGCUCUGUGAUGUAGAUAAACUCCGUGUAAAAGACCUUGUUGUCAGAAUGUGUCCUAACUGUGAUAUUGCAAAACAGCAGGUCAUAUUAUAUGUACCUACGGAUUCAAGCUCUCUGGAUGGAAUUAUCGUAACUCGUACUGGAUGAAGCCGCUGCUGGUGUGUUGAUCAGAAGUUCUUUUAGUCAAGUUUUGAAGUCAAUGAUGUUUGCCUCAGAUAUAGUCACACACAUAGAAAUAUUUUAUAUUUUCAUGGAACUUUAAGUGACACUAUGCACGCAGAGUUCAUUUCUAGUUCUUGAUAGAACUACAUUUAAUUUUAGUCUUUGAUUUUUAAGGACUGUAAUAUAAUUUUAAAGUUCUUAUUGUUAAAAUCUAAUGGUUUUGAAUUUUCUAAGACAGUCCUUUGGAUCCUACAAGUGAGAUUUUAUGUAAAAACUACCAAUAAAAUUAUACUGAGACAUUGUUUUACAGGAUUUUUUCCCCCAAGGCUGUUUAUUUUUGUUUUUAUUGUGACAAUAAGGUCAUUUUAUAUUGUAAAAGAAGUUCUCUUCUUUUUUUUUUUUUUGAGGUGUUUUUCUAUAAUAAGUAUGAGUGAUUGGGAAAACGUGGCUUGUGAAAUAAUGAAGCUCUUCCGAGAUUUUAAGGCAACUAUUAUUGUUGUAAUUUCUUUCAUUCUGCCAAAAUUACUUCUCCACAUUGUAAUUCAUUCAUCAGAUAUUUAUCAAGCAAAUGUAAUCCAGGUAUGAUUCUCAAAGCUUUAUAGAUGACAAUGAAUAGUGUAUACAAAAGUUCCUGCUCUUGUAGUGGUACAUUCUGCCAUUCCUUGUAUUUGAUCAACAUAUUCUGUUUAAUUAAUGUAAGCAGUGUAUGUAUUCAAUGUAAACAAAUGGAUUAUUUUCUAAAUUCUCAGAAGUAAGAGAUGAAUGAGUGGGAUGAGCUAUUCCUGGCAAGUGCUUUCAUUUUAUAAUACUUUUUUGUAUUUAUAUAACAGAAUUAAAUAUGCCUCUUAA